UAACUAGAAAACGAGGGUGAACGAGUGAGAAUAAAACUCAAAGGAACUGUUGAAGAUUCAAUCAGAAUCUUUACUUACCACAAAUUCUCUUUUUCCUUGAUCUCCUAAUGCAACUAAUUUCCAACUCUUUAUUUGCGUCGUGUAGUGCCGGCGAUUCUUCUGUUACAAUGUCAACUUCGUGACGCAACCGAUAUAUAAAUAAAUAUCUACUCAUAAACUGGAUCGACAACUUCAACCAAUGGCUUCUGUAACUAUUCACCACGACGAAGAAACACCGUUAGUUGUUGAAUCACCGAUUCAACUUCAACCGCAUAAAAGCCAUUCCAGAGAUGUUCAUAUUUUGAGCAUAGCGUUUGUAUUGAUUUUUUUAGCUUAUGGAGCUGCUCAGAAUUUACAAAGCACUCUCAACACUGAGGAAGAUUUGGGUACUACAUCGCUUGGGAUACUAUAUCUGUCUUUUACAUUUUUUUCUGUGUUUGCUUCUUUGGUGGUGCGGAUUCUCGGAUCCAAGAAUGCUUUGAUUAUCGGAACAUCUGGUUAUUGGUUAUACGUGGCUGCAAAUUUGAAGCCCAAUUGGUAUACACUGGUACCGGCCUCUGUGUAUCUUGGGUUUUGUGCUUCUAUAAUAUGGGUUGGACAGGGAACAUAUCUAACUUCCACUGCACACAGUCAUGCUAUAGAUAACAAUCUCCACGAAGGUGCUGUAAUUGGUGACUUCAACGGGGAAUUCUGGGCUGUUUAUGCACUCCAUCAGUUUAUUGGAAAUCUUAUUACAUUUGCUCUACUCAGUGAUGGGCAGGGGGGAAGUACCAACGGCACCACUUUAUUGUUUGUUGUAUUCCUUUUCGUUAUGACCUUUGGUGCAAUACUAAUGUUCUUCCUGCAUAAACGAAUUGGUAAUAGUAAAGAAGAAUACAAGAAUUCAGAAGCCGAUGUUGUUGAAUCAAAGUCCCUUAAGUCUCUAUGUAAAUCACUCACAAGUGCACUGUCUGAUGCGAAGAUGUUGUUGAUCAUACCCCUUAUGGCAUAUUCAGGUCUACAACAAGCAUUUGUAUGGGCUGAAUUUACCAAGUUUGUUGUAACUCCAGCAAUUGGUGUUUCUGGUGUUGGUAUUGCAAUGGCAGCAUAUGGGGCUUUUGAUGGAAUAUGUUCUCUGGCUGCUGGUCGUCUCACCUCUGGUCUCACGUCCAUUACAUCGAUAGUUUCUUUUGGAGCUUUUGCUCAGGCGGUUGCACUAAUCUUACUUCUGCUAAAUUUCAGCAUAUCUAGCGGAUUUCUCGGUACUUCAUAUAUACUCUUUCUGGCUGCUUUAUUGGGCAUCGGUGAUGGAGUUCUAAUGACACAGCUCAAUGCUUUGCUAGGAAUACUAUUUAAGCAUGACAUGGAAGGGGCUUUUGCACAGCUAAAGAUAUGGCAAAGCGCUACAAUUGCUGUCGUGUUCUUUUUGGCCCCGUACAUUUCGUUCCAAGCAGUUACCAUAAUCAUGUUGGUUUUACUAUGCUUGUCAUUCUGUAGUUUUCUAUGGUUGGCUCUCAAGGUGGGGAAUGCAUCAUCACCCUCCACCAGUGAGUGAAUAUAAUGUUUCCUAUAUGCUCUGUCAUAUUCGUUUUAUGAUCGCAUUUCCUUCAUUUGAUUCAAGUGUGUAAAUUGUAACAGUUAUAAUUUAUUAGCUCACGUAGCUAUUAGUUACUUACUGAAGAAUAUUCGGGAUGAGUUAGAAGAUGUUCACACAA